AUGCCUGCUGGUGUUUCAUGGGGACAAUAUAUGAAAUUUCUUUCGGCGGCGAUGCUAUCAAUGAUGGCAGGCUCGCAACUGGUUCAUUUGUACUACAAACCGCUGAAUGACAUAAAUGUCUACAUAGAACGAGAAAUGAAAGCUGCAAAUGCACAAAAUGCAGACGAAAGCCCGCCGGAUGGAAAAACAUUACCUAGUAAAAGCUAAUUAUUUAUAAGAACUACUAAAAUAUAAUAUGUAAAGUAAAAGAG